UCAAGGAGGAGGGCUUUGUGAACUGCAGCUGCUUUUAAUCAUUGCUAUGCUAUGGUGAAAAUGUUUCAAGAAGGUUAAACAAAACUUAAAAGACAAUGGGUAAUUCAUACGCAGGGCAACUGAAAUCAACUCGCUUUGAAGAGGCUCUUCACAGUUCCAUCGAGACAUCUCUCCGUUCAAACAGUGUCGUCCCUCGGCCUGUGUUCUCUCAGCUCUACCUUGAGCAACAAACUCUUAACUUGGAAGACAUCAAGCCAAAGAUUGAGGAGCUGAACAAGGCGCUUUCCCUACAUCACCUAGAGAGGGGUAACCAGGAGCUUGUGAACGAACAAGACACCAACCGAGUGGACCAAGAGGAGGAGGAGGAGGAUGAAGACAUGUCCGAAACCAAUAGCCCCCCAAUCCCCUACACAGAGAAACCAGCCCCCGAAGGUUCUUGCACUGUGGACGGUUUCUGUCAGGCUGGUAGAGACUUGCGGCUGGUGUCUGUGAGUAUGGAGCAGGUUGAAGUCCCAGCAGGGUUCGAGUUGGUUGGUGCCAAGUCACCAAACAUCCCCGAGCACAUACUUGUCUGUGCAGUAGACAAAAGGUUCCUGCCGGAUGAGAAUGGAAAAAAUGCACUUUUAGGAUUUUCAGGAAAUUGUGUAGGCUGUGGGGAGAAAGGAUUCCGCUACUUCACUGAGUUUUCAAACCACAUCAACCUUAAGCUGGCCACCCAGCCAAAGAAGCAGAAGCACUUAAAGUAUUACCUGGUGAAGAACUCUCAGGGUGCUCUGUCUAAAGGACUGCUCAUCAGCUGGAAAGAAUGUAAAGCAAGACAAUCGGCAGGCUUGUCGUCUAUUAAACCAAGUUCUUCAACGUCCCCAACUAAGAGUCAAGAAACCGGAGCGAGUAACGGCUACAGUUCGGCCUUCAUUCACACAGCAGACUCUCCAUCCAGUCGGACACAGACUUCCUCCACAGUCAGCUUAAAUGGAAGUCUGGACAUGUCCAGAGAUCGCAGCCUUGCGAAACCUCCAGUUGUGUCCUCGCAGCUUGUGACAAAGAAUCAAGCCGCAGCUUACGCUGCAGCACGUGUUAAUGGCUGUGCUAACGGGUUGAGUAAUGGAGAAAGGGCCUCCAUGUCCAGCUCAUCACAACCACCUCAAUCGCUGGCUCAUUCCACCUCACACAGUCCUGGCUACAGCGCUGCAGACCCAGUAGCAAUGAGCGCCGGACCUCCUAAGAAAAGGCAUCGCGGCUGGUACCCUGGUUCUCCAGUGCCGAUUCCUGCCACAGCCAUCCCUGUUCCUGCAAUCCACCCUGUAGCCCAAUCAUCAGAGCCACUGUUGCCGGCCCCUGCUCCUCAGCCCAUGGUGUCUGGCGUCUUCCAGCCUCAGGCCAUUCCCGCAGCAGAGACAGUGAUUGUACCUGAGAAUCUGCUCAACGACUCAGGAGUCAGACCAGUUAUUCUCAUUGGUUAUGGCACUUUACCGUAUUUCUAUGGCAAUGUGGGAGAUAUAGUGGUGAGCCCACUACUGGUCAACUGCUACAAGAACUCCCAGCUGAACGGCAAGACUCUGGAGAAGCUUGGCAUGGCUAUCAGCCAGUUACUGAGUGUGGAGAGUAUGAUCUUAUUGACCCUGCAGUACCUGGUUAGAUUAGGCUCCGAUCAGAUCCCACUGCGGGAGGAGUUUGAGCAGAUCGUCCUCAAGGCCAUGCAGGGGCUACCCCUGCAGGAGCACUCGUCUCUGCUGCCCAGCGCCGGCUUGCCAUCCUGUUACUCAGUCUCUCAGGCUCAGCUGCCCUGGCUGGCCCGCCUCACCGCCAGCGUCUCCAGAGACUCUGUGCACGUCCUUGUAACCCACAACUCCCUGGGGGAGGGCAUUUCAGAGACGCUUCGUUCCCUCAGCGAGGUCCCGCCUCAGCAGCGCCUGCCUGACUAUGUUGUUGUGAUCUGCACCUCCAAGAUGCGAGGAAAUGAGUUCUGUGUGCUGGUCCUAGGUCAGUAUCAGUCCAGGGCACUCGCAGAGAGCACACUUACCACUAGCGAGUUCCUGAAAGAGAUCAGUUAUGAGCUGAUCACUGGGAAAGUCAGCAUCCUUGCUUCACAUUUCAAAACUACCUCAUUAGGAGAUCAUUUAGACAAACAGCUGGAGCGGUUUCAGCAGAGGAGAGGCGAUAAGGUUAUUGUGCCUUUCCAUGGCACUGUUCACGACUGCGUUCAGUCGCAGGAAGCCGUUGCCAUGGUGCCAAUGCAGGACAUGGGCUCCGGCAAUGAAGUGUUCCAGAUUUACGCUGCACAGCUGAAUGUAGCCCGCAAGCUUUUAUCCCAGGUGUGCUCCAUAGCUGACUCAGGCAUCCAGAGCUUGGACCUGGGCCGUUUCUGCAAAGUGGACUUCAUGAUCCUAGUGCCCCCCUCCGAGGUCCUCUUCCACCAGACUGCACAGCGAGUCAGACAAUCAGGAGUUCUGGUGGAUCUGGGCCUUGAGGAAGCAGCCGCCACCCACCAGAAAGCAGAAAAAUAUGUUGUUCGGUUAGACAACGAUGUUCACAGCAAGUUUGAAGCCUUUGUAAGGAAAGUCAAGCAGAAUCCGUAUACCCUGUUUGUCUUGAUUCACGACAAUUCUCACGUGGAUUUGACCAGCUUGAUCUCAGUGUCAGGGUCUCAUGGAGAUCUGCAGGGCUUGGCUGACCGCAUCAUUAACUGCAGGGAGGCUCUAGAGUCGAUGAACCUCCUGGUCCUGCAGGUCAGCUCCUUCCCCUUCACCCUGCAGACACAGCAGUCCCGGAUCAGUGUUCAUAAUGAGGUGCAUUGGCCACUGUGCGAGAGCAACGAGGAGUCUGGUGCAGAGGAGCAGGUGUAUUUUGGUCUGAAUGACUACAGCAGGUCCCUGCAGUGGGGCGUAGCGAGUCCUGUUCUGAGAUACGACGAUGCCUUUGAAAAAAUGGUGAACACCCUUUUGGAGAGGUACCCACGGCUGCACAGUAUGGUGAUUCGUAGCUACCUCCUCAUCCAGCAGUACACUGAGGCCAUGAUGGCCCUGACCUCCAUGACCUCCCUGAGGGACCACGCAACACCUGAGACUCUGGGUAUCUUAGACGACCUGAUCGGCAUGCCAGGCAGGGACAACAGCGGCCGCGGCCACAUGCUCAUUAUUCGCGUGCCCUCGCUGCAGCUGGCCAUGCUGGCACGGGAGAGGCUGGAGGAGGUCCGCGACAAGCUGGGCCUCCAGUACCGCUUCGAGGUCAUCCUGGGCAGCCCCUCGUCCGAGCUGUGCCUCGCCAAGCACUUCAUAACCAGGAUUAAGGCGUGGAGAGGCUGUGAAAGUGAAGAAUGGGUUCCCCGCACCUAUGAGGACCUGGAGGGACUGCCGUGUGUUGUGAUUCUGACUGGAAAAGACCCACUUGGGGAAACAUUUCCAAGGUCGCUGAAGUAUUGUGACCUGAGACUAAUUGACUCCAGCUACCUGACCCGCACAGCCCUGGAGCAGGAGAUUGGGCUGGCAUGCAGUUACGCAUCACGGCAGGCGAUCCACGGGCCCUUGGGGGCCAUGGACCUUCCAGAGCAGCAGCAGAAAAAAGCCAACAGUAGUGAGAACGACUCAGAGGAGCUGCACAUCGACCUGGAGAGACCGCAGAGCAAUGGCAGCGCAGUCACUGAAACCUCAGGCUCCAUCACGGAGAAUGAGGUGAGCUCUUCAAGUGCUGCGGACAGCUCCCAGAAGACAUCCUCCCUCACCUUUCAGAACAUGGCCAGCAGUUCAGCCGAGGAGGGUGCCUCUCCACCGGGCGUGAAGCUGGGCUGUGACUCCCAGGGAAGCCAGCCGGCCAGCAGCAGCAUCUCAGUCCCCCAGUCUUCCUCCUGUGGUGCCUCCACAUCCCCCUCUUCCUCUUCCCACAACUCCCGGAGGCCCAGCCAGUCCACACGUGAGAGUUGGAGCCCCCAGGCUGCUCACCCCCGCACAGUCAUCCUGUCCCGGGCAGCCUACAACCUGCUGGGCAGUGAGAGCGCCGGCCAGCUGCACUCUUCCUCUCUGCUGCCCCACGCCGAUGUGUCCUGGAACAGCUCCCUGCGGCCCCUCUUCUAUAGGGGCCUCAGCACAGAGGAGCAGUCCCUCUACUACCGCCAGUGGACCAGUGCCCGCCAGCACCAUGCCGACUGCAGCAACCAGGGAGGGCAAGAAGCCAUCGGCUUCCACCCACGUCGUUUGUUGCUAACUGGGCCGCCACAGGUGGGGAAGACGGGGGCUUACCUGCAGUUCCUGCGGAUUGUGUUCCGCAUGCUGAUUCGCCUGCUGGAGGUCGACGUGUACGAUGAGGAGGAGGUUGAUGAGGAUAUCACAGAAAGCAGUGAAUUAGCACAACCAUCCAGUGAUCAGUGGCCAAACAUUGAAGUCAUCAGCAGUAUGCCCUUUGACCUUCGCCCCCAUGAUCCGAAGUCCCGUCACACCAGUCCUGUGUACACUGAGAAACUGACCAAGUCUCUACAAGGUUAUAAUAAAGAAAUAAAGCGUGAGAUAUCUGCCAAACGGAAGACAGUCUCUAUAAUGUUAACCAAGUAUGCCACUCACAAUACUUUCCACCACUGCGAACAGUGUCACCAUUACACAGAAGCCAGCCCAGCAACACAGUUGUCUGACUCCACACUCCAUGCAUUCUCUUUUUCAUCCUCCGUGUUGGGAGGCGAGGUCCAGCUUCACUUUGUCAUUCCCAGAUCCAAGGAGAGCUACUUUGUCUUCAGCCAGCAAGGGAGGCAGCUGGAGAGCAUGCGUCUUCCCUUGGUCUCUGAUAAGAAUGCUGAUGUGUUGAAGAGCCCCAUCUUCACACCGACGACAGGGCGGCACGAGCAUGGCCUGCUAAACAUAUUCCAUGCCACAGAAGGUGCUAGCCAUCUUCACGUCCUGGUAGUCAAGGAGUAUGAGAUGCCUCUUUACCGCAAGUAUUGGCCCAACCACAUCCUGCUAGUCCUGCCAGGGAUGUUCAACAACACUGGUGUAGGAGCAGCCAGGUUCAUGAUCAAGGAGCUCUCCUACCACAACCUGGAGCUGGAGCGAAACCGCCUGGAAGAGCUGGGGGUCCCGAGGCAGGAGGUCUGGCCCUUCACCCUCAUCAUGGAUGACUCCAGCGUUCUGUGGAAUGUGCACCAUGUUCAAGAGCGGACCAGUCAAUCAGCAGACGCAUCCCCCAACUUCAAGAACAUCUCUCUAAAGACAGUCCUGCAGCACAUAGAGGCCACUCCCAAGAUCACCCAGUAUGCCAUGUGUGGUAUCCGGAAAUGGAGCCGCCACCUGGCAGCCAAGAGACCCGGUGCCCCUUUCUCACGCUGCCACAUCCACGACUUUGUUUUGCUGAACAUUGACCUGACCCAGAAUGUUCAAUAUGACCUCAAAAGGUAUUUCUGUGAGGAGAUUGACUUCAAUCUGCGGGCUAAUAGCAGCGGCUUGCUGAUCUGUCGCUUCAACAACUUCAGCCUCAUGAAGAAGCACAUUCCUUGUGGUGGCCAUAAGGACUUUGUCAUUAAACCCAAGAUCUUGGUGUCUGAUAACUUGACCUCCAUCAGCCCCUCGCAGUAUGUCUGCGCCCCAGACAGUGAGCACAUGCUGCUGGCUGUCCCGGCCCAGUUUCUGCUGGAGAAGUUCCUGCAGCACAGCAGCUACAAACUCUUCCCCAAGGCCAUUUUCAAUGAGAAGAGCCCAGUUCUGGCCAUCGACUGUUACCUGAAUGUGAGCUCAGAGGUGUCGAUCUGUUACAUGAGCUCUCGGCCUCACUCAGUGAACCUGAGCCACGAGGGGCUGGUGUUCAGUGGGCUGCUUCUCUACCUCUGUGACUCCUUUGUGGUUGCGGACCUGCUCAAGAAGUUCAAGUUCCUUAAAGGUGCCACUUUGUGUGUUAUCUGUCAAGACCGGAGUUCGUUACGGCAGACUAUUGUGCGCCUGGAGCUGGAGGACGAGUGGCAGUUCCGCCUGCGUGACGAGUUCCAAACAGCAAACAGCAGUGAUGACAGACCCUUGUACUUUCUCACAGGGCGCCACACCUGAUACCAAAAACACCAUUCAUUAUUGUAGAAGAUAAUCAUAACAAGCGGAGAAUGUGUUCAGCGAGAGCUGGACUUACAAUCAUAUCCAAAGAAAUGCAAAGAAAUCUAGUUGCCCUCUGAUCAGCGCGCAGAAAGCGCAUUCCAUCUACACUCGCCUUAAAACUGCAUGAAUGAAAAUGAUUGAUGCCAAAAUGGUGGUACAUGAACUUGCACAGCUGGCACAAGGUGAAACAUAUAUGGUACUGAUAAAGCACAAAAUUCUUGUAGCAGCUCUUGGAAUGGUCUGGACAAUUAGCAAAUUUGAGGGUUUAAUAGUAACAGAGUAUAUUAAAGUUAGAAUGAGAAGUCAAUGAGUAUCCUACCCCGUGUCAUUUGUGUUUUGUGGUUUCCAAAUCCUGUCGUUUGUGUUUUACAUCACAUCAUUGAAAGAUUAAGCACAGCAUGCUUCAUGCUUUGCUGCUAGCAUUUAACUCAACCAGUGCAUCACAAAUGAAUUUCAAGGGAAGCUCAGACAGGUGUAGGAGAGACAAAUAACCAAAUUAGUCUCACAUUGAUGAUGCAAAACCCUUAUGUGAGAUUCUCACAUCAGGCUAUUAGAAGUGGUCGUCAGCAGCAAGGCUUAGGGUUUAUGAACUUUUCUUUAAAUAAGUUUCAAU